GCAUGAAUGGGAUCCCUGGGAGUGGCGCGCCGCAGUUGGAGAUAAGGCAAGAUGAGGAGGGGAAUAUUGUUGGUGGUGUGAGGGUGCUGGGCCCGAUUAGUGAUGGAAGGGUCCCGAACCCAAAUGAGAUGGGGAAUCAGGUUGUGCCUGUCUUGCCGAAGGUGCAGAGGAAUAGAGACGACGCCGGUGGAGAUUAGGGAGUGUCUGUUGAGGGAAUAUGGUGCGGAGGUGCAUCUACAACAGUGCAGGAGGGCGAAGACGGAGAUCUUGAAGAAGAGGCAGCAGGAGAGCGGUGAAGGGUCACAAGAAGGGAUGCAACAACAGCCUCAGGAUAUGAGGCAGGGUCAGAGUCUGGAUGGACUGGGGAGUGAGGCUGGUGGGGAUGGGAACAGUCAGAUGUUUGGGGAUAUGAAUGCCAGUGCGAUGAGUGUUAAUGGGAACGGCAAUCCGCAAGGGAGUCCGCAAGGCUUUCAGCUGCAUACCGCGUCUGGGGUGGUUAUUCCUCAAGUGCCUACGAGAAGGGAGGCUGCACUGAAUGCGGUGGGCGAACAGCCGGUGAGGUGUCCGUAUUGCAUUAAUCAUCGGUGGAUGAGGAGCAUCAAGGACGCGGUGGAGCAUAUGAGUAUGCAUGUUGUGGUAUUAGAAUAAUCUCGUCCAAUAUUGGUGAACUAUUAUCAGGCCGAGGAGAUCAGCUCGCACUGGCUAGGAUAGAGCCAAGUGGGCGAGUAAGGCAGGAAGCGGACUUCCUUCAUCAGCCACGCUGAGAAUGAACCAAGCCAAAUCAUUCAUCUUAUCGG